CACGUUUAUCCAAUGCAUAGCUAGCUGUAUAAGUAGAUGACGAUCGCCGUGUUGUUGUCUGAAAUAGUCUACACCGGGCCCCUUGAGGCGAAGGAAGUUAUUUUACUUUACCAAAGCAUGACUUUUGCAGUAGUUCUUUUGGCACAAUGUACGCCACAUUGCAAAUAGAAUUGUAACGAAUCACUUGAUGUAAUGUCGGUAAAAACCCCAGCAAACAUGAACUAGGAAUACAACACGUGGAGCUUGUAGACGAAGCUUUUGAAAGGCAAAAAUGGAGAGCGAUUUGGGGACAGAUAAAAAGAAAACCAAGGAGAAAAACACCAACUCUCCUAAAAAGAAUGCUUCCAAAAAGAAGAGGUUAUCAGUAGAACGUAUCUAUCAAAAGAAGACCCAGUUGGAGCACAUUUUGCUCCGUCCAGAUACAUAUGUUGGCUCAGUAGAACCUUUGAAGCAGACCAUGUGGGUGUAUGAUGAUGUCUUGGAAGCAAUCGUUAGCAAGGAGAUCACCUAUGUUCCUGGACUUUACAAAAUAUUUGAUGAGAUAUUAGUCAAUGCUGCAGACAAUAAACAAAGGGAUCCUAACAUGAGUGUGAUCAAGAUUGACAUUAAACCUGAUAGCAAUUUCAUCAGUAUCUGGAAUGACGGAAGGGGAAUCCCAAUAGAGUUGCAUAAAGAACAUAAUGUCUAUGUUCCGACAUUAAUUUUUGGUCAGCUACUGACGUCAAGUAACUAUGAUGAUAAACAGAAGAAGGUCACUGGUGGCCGUAAUGGAUAUGGAGCUAAACUCUGCAACAUUUUUAGCACCAAAUUUAGUGUAGAAACUGCUUGCUCAGACUCUAAAAAGAAAUUUAAACAGGUGUGGCAAAACAAUAUGGGGAAAGCAGGUGAGCCUGUCAUCAAGGAGCAGUCAUCAAUCAAGGAUUACACUUGUAUAUCCUUCCAUCCUGACCUGAAGAAAUUCAAGAUGGAGACCUUGGACAGGGAUACUGUCUCUUUGUUAACAAGACGUGCUUAUGAUAUUGCUGCUUCUGUCCGGGGUGUAACUGUCUAUCUCAAUGGACAAAAGUUAAAGGUCAAAUCAUUUAAGGAUUACGUAGAGCUUUGUCUCAAAGGAGCAGAAAAAGAGAGAAUUGAAGAUGGAGUAGGAGAAGAUGGAAAACCCAAAGUUGUUCAUGAAAUUAUAAACAAUAGAUGGGAAGUUUGUGUUACAGUUAGCGAUAAAGGAUUCCAGCAUUCCAGUUUUGUGAAUAGUAUUGCCACAACAAAGGGAGGAACUCAUGUCAACUAUGUGACAGAUCAAAUAGUAGACAAGAUGAUGGCAGCUAUCAAGAGGAAAAACAAGGGAGGAAUCCAAGUCAAACCGUUCCAGAUUAAGAGCCACAUGUGGGUGUUCAUUAACUGUUUGAUUGAGAAUCCUUCCUUUGACUCUCAAACCAAGGAAAAUAUGACACUAAGACCCAAGGACUUUGGAUCCAAGUGUGAACUGACUGACAAGUUCCUUAAAGCAGUGCAAUCAUGUGGAGUGCUGGAGAAUGUUCUUAACUGGAUGAAAUUCAAAGAAAAGGCUCAACUGAACAAGAAGUGUAGCAGUCAAAAGCAAAGCAAGAUAAAGGGAAUCCCUAAACUUGAUGAUGCUAAUGAUGCUGGUGGCAAAAACUCCCGUCAAUGUACCCUGAUUCUCACUGAGGGGGAUUCAGCCAAGACCCUGGCUAUUAGUGGACUGAGUGUUGUAGGCAGGGAUCAUUAUGGUGUCUUCCCCCUAAGGGGUAAACUACUGAAUGUCAGAGAUGCUGCCCAUAAACAGAUUCUUGAGAAUGCAGAAAUCAACAACAUUAUCAAGAUUAUAGGUUUACAGUACAACAAAACCUACAACACAGAAGCUGAUCUGAAGUCACUACGAUAUGGUCGCUUGAUGAUCAUGACAGAUCAGGACCAGGAUGGCUCUCACAUUAAAGGCCUCGUUAUUAACUUCAUUCAUAGUAAUUGGCCUAGUUUACUCAAACUGAAUUUUCUAGAGCAGUUCAUUACUCCAAUUGUCAAGGUUUCUAAAGCAAAGCAGGAACUCUCAUUCUACAGCAUCCCAGAGUUUGAAGAGUGGAAGGAAGCAACCCCUAACCAUAAAUCAUGGAGGAUAAAGUACUAUAAGGGGUUGGGUACCAGCACACCUAAAGAAGCCAAGGAAUACUUCCAUGAUAUGCAGAGACACAGGAUUGACUUUAAUUAUGAAGGGCCACAUGAUGAUGAAUCCAUUGUCAUGGCAUUCAGCAAGAAAAAAGUCCAAGAGAGAAAAGAAUGGUUGACUCGUGGAAUGGAAGAGAGAAAAUGGAGAAGAGAACAAGGUUUAUCAGAGGUGUACUUGUAUGAGAAAGAAACCAAAGUUGUCACCUAUAGUGACUUUGUCAACAAGGAAUUGAUCCUGUUCUCUAACACAGACAACGAGAGAUCCAUCCCUUCUCUUGUUGAUGGUUUAAAACCUGGACAGAGGAAGGUUUUGUUUACUUGUCUAAAGAGAAAUGACAAAAGGGAGGUAAAGGUUGCCCAGCUGGCUGGUUCAAUAGCAGAACUGUCAGCAUACCAUCAUGGUGAGACUAGCUUAAUGGGAACGAUCAUCAACUUGGCACAAAACUUUGUAGGCAGCAAUAACAUCAACCUUCUACAACCUGUGGGACAGUUUGGUACCCGCCUGCAUGGUGGUAAAGAUGCAGCUAGUCCUCGUUACAUCUUCACCAUGCUCAGCCCCCUUACUCGCUUGAUGUUUCAAACCGGUGAUGAACCAAGCUUGAAGUGGUUAUAUGAUGAUAAUCAGAGAAUUGAGCCAGAGUGGUACUGCCCUAUCCUUCCUACGGUACUGGUUAAUGGUGUAGAAGGAAUUGGUACAGGCUAUAGUACCAAGAUUCCUAACUUUGAUCCCAAGGAAAUCGUGCAAAACCUGAAGAAGAUGAUUAUUGGGCAAGAACCAGAAGAAAUGAUGCCAAACUACAAGAAUUUCAUUGGCCAAAUCAUUCAGACUGAACCAACCAGGUUCGUGUCCAGAGGAAACAUUGAAGUUAUUGACAACCGAACUCUAGAGAUAACAGAACUUCCAAUACAGACUUGGACACAGACAUACAAGGAGUCUGUUCUAGAGCCUAUGCUGCAUGGUACAGAGAAGAUCCAGCCUUGUAUUCUUGACUACAAGGAGUACCACACUGAUACAAGUGUACGGUUUGUUAUCACAAUGGCUGAAGACAAACUAGCUGAAGCUGAACAGUUUGGCUUACACAAGAAGUUUAAACUGGAAUCUAACAUCAACACCAGUAAUAUGGUUCUUUUCGAUGCGUAUGGUUGCCUGAAGAAGUACGAAAAUGUUGGAAUGAUUUUGAAGGAAUUCUUCACCCUCCGUCUACAGAGAUAUACCAUGCGCAAGGCUUACCUUGAAGGGAUGCUUCAGGCCGAGUCUGAUAAACUCAAUAACCAAGCUAGAUUCAUUCUAGAGAAGAUUGAGGGGACUAUUGUUAUUGAAAACAAACCUAAGCGAGACUUGAUAACAAUGCUGGUCCAGAGAGGCUACAAGUCUGAUCCUGUCAAAGCCUGGAAAGAUGAAAACGAGAAUAUGAAGAACCAAGACUCCGAUGACGACACUUCAAGUGUUGCUAGCUCCAUGGCAAGUAAUGCCGGACCAGACUUCAACUAUCUGCUCAACAUGACACUGUUGAGUCUAUCACAGGAGAAGAAAGAAGAAUUGCUUAGGCAGAGAGAUGAAAAGGCUGAAGAACUGAGAAUCUUGCGCGGCAAAACUGAAAAGGACUUGUGGAUGGAAGAUCUUGAUGCUUUCUUGGAAGAACUGGAGAAAGUGGAACAAGUUGAGCGCGAAGAUGAGAUGUAUUCUGGCAAGUCCAAAACUGGUCGUGCUCUAAAAGCCAAGCCUGUUGCUAAAAAAGCUACCAAGAUUAAGGCUGUAACUGUACCCAAAAAAGAGAAGCCAACCAAACAGGCUGCAAAGGAGGCAUUGAACAAGGUUAAGGAUGUGUGGAACUUGGAUGACGAACCAGCAGAGAAGCCAAUGAUGACACUGGCUGAUCGCCUGGCCUUAAAGAGAUCUGAAUCGACAUCAUCAGUAUCAAGUGCUGCCUCUGAAUCAAGUAGCUCGUCAAAGAAGCAAAGUACUUUGUCAGGUUUUGUAAGUAAACAAUCAGGCAGCAAGAAGCCUGCUAGCAGCAAGACUACCUCCAGUGAUGAUGAUGAUGCGUUCAUCGUAGACUUCUCGGACAGUGAGGAUGACAAGCCAUCACGUGCCACAAGAAAAGCUGCUCCAACCAAGAUUCCUAUGGUUGAUGAUGAUGAUGAUGAUGAUGAUUCGGAUGAAGACUUCACCAUUGGCAAGCAAGCCAGGAAAAACGGACAGUCCAAGAGACCCACUAUUCUGGACGACAGUGAUGAAGAGUCGGUUAAGAGUGAUAUCAAAGCUACUAGAGACUUGAUUCAGAAACUAUCCCCUGUCAAACAGGCCAAGAAGGUCCAAGAGGAAGCGCCCUCAGUACUUAAUGAGUCUGAUGAUGCUUCUAGUUCAUCAUCAUCUGGUAUAUUGGUUAUUGAGGGACGUUCAAGUCCCGUCAAGCCCAAAAAGGCAACAGCCAAGAAAGCUCCCGCUAAAGGGAAGAAGGGAUCUAAGGUUGAUUCCAACCAAUCUACCAUCAUGGAAGCCAUGAAAAAAACUACAAAGACAAAAUCAGCUCCUAAAGCCAAGAGUAGCUCAUCCAAGAGCAACGACUCUGACGAAGAAUUGGGAUCCCUGCUUGUUAAAAAGAACAAAGAGAAGGCACCGUCAAAGAAGAGUACUGCUUCGCGCAAACGACCAGUGUCUAAAACUACUUCUAAGACCGUUCAUGAUUCAGACAGUGAUGCUUCUGUAGAAUGUGUUGGUGCUAAAAAGACAGCUAAAAAGACCAAGACCAAAACAAAGACCACAAAAUCACCUACAAAGCGCACAAGAAUUGACUCGAGCGAUGAAGAAAGCUUCAAUGUUGAUGUCCCAGCUCCAACACGAACACAAAGAUCGCGAAGAGCUGCCCAAGUGAAGUACGCGUUUAGUGACAGUGAAGAGGAAUCGAACACCAAAGAAAAUGAAAGUAAUGACUGGGUUAUGUCAGAUGAGGUCCAAGAUAGUGAUUACGAGCUAUGAGGGAUUCAUUGGUCCUGCUACACGAGUCAUUGCUGUCCUUGUCUUUUUCAAAAUAGAUAUUUGUAUAUAUUGACCAGAUAAUCUUUUUACAGCAUCGGAUUGGCUAUAAAACAAGGCUGAAAGUGAAUGGCCGUGUAAAAAUUACGACACCAUUUAAAUACACUCUAAUGCUGGCCAUAUGAGGUUUUCAAGAGGGGGAAAUUGAUGUAUAAAAUCGUACAGGAAUUUGGGUAUAUAUACAAUUUGACCUCAAUUGUCAACUCGUUCAAAUUAAACCCUUGUUGACAUAACUAUUGAAAAAUAUUCUGUUACUAUUGAUUAUAUGGUCCUUGGUUUAUUGUAUUGUAAAUAUGGGUCAUUUCUAUGUUGUUUUUUAGAGAUAUUAAAAAAAUCUUUACGUAA